GAGUGCUUCUUUGAAGAAGAACGUUUACUUAGCACGAAAGACAAAGUCUCCUGAAGCAAGAAAAGAAUAAAAAAAUCAAAAUCUUACUGAAAGAGAUAGAUCUGGAGUUAGAUCUGGAGAUGGGUUUUGUCAGUAUUGCCAAUGUUCUUGCAUGGCCUGUUCUUGCUCUGGUUUAUCCUCUGUGUGCUUCUAUACGGAUAAUUGAGAGUGAUUCAAGCUCAGAUCCUAGGAGGAAACUGGUUGCUUAUUGGAUUAUCUUUUCAUUGAUUAUCCUUUUUGAACAUGCUUUUGCGAAGCUCCUUGAAUGGGUUCCAUUUUGGCCUUACAUCAAGCUGAUAAUCUCCUUCUUGUUAGUGAUACCGAACUUUGAUGGUGCUUCUUAUGUCUAUGAACACUUUCUUCGACCAUGCCUCUGCAUGGAUUCUAAACUUCUUGGUAACCACUUCAAGGAGACUCAGGAGUUUGUUAUCGAGAGAAAUAAUUUGGCUACUGAGGUACAGAGACAUGCAAAAGAGAAUAGACCUGAAACAUUGGAGGUUGCUAGUAAAGUGAAAGUGCAGAGUGCUAACAAUUUUGUGGAGAAAGAUGAGAAAACAAUAGAAGUAACUGAGAAAAAGGACAUGGGUGCUGCAAAGCAGGUUUCUGAAACAGAGCCUGGCCUCUCUCAGAUUGAGAACAAGGAACUUGUGCCUGGUGAAAGUAAAGAAAUUUCAGAAACAUUGGAAGCAUUGAAAGAUAUCUGCAGAAUGCCAUUUCCAAUGAGAGUACAGAGGGAGUGGACUUGUGCUAUGUGUCAAGUGACUACACAAAGUGAGACAACCCUCAACUCACAUCUUCAGGGAAGACGACACCGAGUUAGGUGCAAAGAGCUGAAAGGAAAGAACAACCAGCCAGUGAAAACAAAAUCUUCUGCUGCACAGCACAAGAAAUCUGAUAAAACUGUGCAGGAGUUGGGGGACAGUGUGGCAAUGUCCGGUCGAAGCAAGAGACAUAAAAAGAUGCAAUGCCAGCCAGGGAAUGUUAAGCAUGUCGAGCGAAAGCAGUCGCUAUGGUGGUGCACAAUAUGCAAUAGAAGCUGUAACAGCAUGCAUGAUAUGGAGUGUCACCUGAAUGGACGCAAGCACCUUGCCCAGGUUGAACAACUGAAGGCUAGUUCCUGAAUGGGUUAGAAGAAGUUGUCCUCCCAAACUCAUCAUCAAGAUUCACCAGUUUCCCGGGAAAGUUCCCCUCUCAAAUCAUCAUCAAGAAUUUAGACCCAGUAUCGCAGCAGUCACCCGGAAAAGUUGUCCUCCCAAAUCAUCAUCAAGAAUUUAGUCCCAGUAUUGCGGCAGUCAUCCAGACUGAUUUGCGAUGAAAAAUGCUAUAGUAGUACCGUGAUUGCUGAAUUCCUUUAAAUUGGAUAAUAUCUUCUCCUUUUUAUGGGAUGAUCCAUUAUCCUAAUAUUUAUUCAAAUUCGUAUCAUCCAAAUAGGUUGAAUUUGAGCUAA